ACAAACCAGGAACAGCUCUUUCUGUCUCUCUCUCUCUCUCUCACUACUUCACUCACUUGGUGUCCGUACGCUCGGUGUGCCGCGGGUGAACCAGCCUUCCCCUGGUGGUAUCUCACUGGCAAGAGACCAACAAAGGAAGAUCAGGAAAUCGCACGAAACGGUCACGGUUUAUUCGGGAAAGAGGGGAAAAUAUAUUUAACACAGACUCAGAAAAAAUGCAAAAGAUCCAUCCUUUCGGCGGCGAUUGAUUUUCCAUUUGCCUCUUCUCAUGCCAUUUCUCUUAUAGAUCUCCUCCCGUUUUAAACCCUCCGCCUUAGUUGUCUCUCUUUUCUUCCCACACUGCAACACAGCUCCAUCUUGGUGCGUCUGCCAUGUUCUUCUGACCAAGUAUCUGAUUGGAGGUAUGAGCUCUCUCAAACAAAAGGGAAGCUUCGGGCCUUCUUCUGGACUGCGGUAGUUUGGCAAUGGCGGGUCGAGAUUGAUUUCUGGGGAUUGCAAUUUUUCUGUUUGUUUUUGCACCUUGUGAAAUGGGUAGUUCGGGAGAAUCCAACACUAACGGAAUCGAUGCGUCGGUGGGUGGAUUGGUUUGGGUCCGACGCCGAAAUGGGUCUUGGUGGCCUGGCAGGAUAAUGGGUCUCGAUGAAUUGUCUGAGGGUUGCUUGGUUUCGCCGAGAUCGGGUACUCCAGUUAAGCUGUUGGGUCGCGACGACGCAAGUGUGGAUUGGUAUAAUCUUGAAAAAUCAAAGCGUGUUAAAGCUUUCCGUUGUGGAGAGUACAAUGAAUGCAUUGAGAAGGCAAAGGCUGCUGCUGCUAAUUCAAAUAAGAAAACUGUGAAGUAUGCUCGCAGGGAAGAUGCUAUUCUCCAUGCUCUUGAGAUAGAGAGCUCUCGCCUGGGUAAAGAACCAUUAAAAUUUUACUCAAGAGCAGACAAAUCAACUAGUGAACAUGGUGAUUCAGCUGGAGCCUCACCAGACUCAUCUAAUUCUGGGGAUGACAAUGAGGAUGUGGCUGAUGGUCUGAGUGAUUCCGAAAACAAUUCUAAUUCAGUUCCAGAGUUAUCUCAAUCUGGUAUAUCUUUUGAAGAGCCAAAUCACAACAGUUCCUCCAAGAUGCUGUCUGUUCAGGGAAGAAGAAAAACCCCUAAUGAUUCGGAAGAUGAUGGAACAGAAGGAGUAAAGCGAAUGAGGGGACUUGAAGACCUUGGUAUUGGUGUAGCCUCAAAGAGAAAGGUCCAGGGAGCAGGGACAACUGUUGUAUUUCAGCAACAUAGUUCUUCUCCCAGCAACUUAAACACAGGAAACUGCCUGGCAAAUGGAACUUCUGUAAAUGGGGUUAAGACUAGUUCUUCAAUGCUGAAAAGGAAGAGAACACAGGUCGCAACUGUUCAUGAAUUCUUGAAAAGAAAAAAUCGACGCCGGCCUUUGACAAAGGUUUUGGAGAGCACAGCCAUGGUAUCAGUUCCUGUUGUCUGCAAUCAGCUUCCUACUUCAAGCAGUUCUCCGCUUUGUGGUAUACCCGAUAGCAGAAUUUCAGCAUUAGAUUUCAAUGAGUCAAAGAAAAGCUCUCCGCUGGUUACACAUAAUAUGGAUGGUACCAAAGUUGAAUGUGAGAAGGGGACUUCUUUAAAUGCUCUUGAGCAUGGCAAUGAUGCAUCCCAAAUGAGUCACAAUGUCAAGGAGAAUGAUGCUUCUGGCAUUGCAGGGCUGGUUGGGACUGAUUCUUCUGAUAAAUUAUUUGAUGUGCCAUUUGUUGGAGUUUUGGGAGAGGAGAGACAUACUCCAGGAAAGCCUCAAGUUGCUAGGUUUGGACAACAAUCUUGUCCUGUUGGUCAAUCAGAAGCCCUGCUAAAGGAGGGACAGAAUGAAUCUGGUCCUACCAGCUCAGCUGCUGGUCAUAAUACUAUUGGCAAUAGAGUAGAGAAAAGUAGUUCAAAGUGGCAGUCAAAAAGAAAAAGAAAUUCUAGACGUAGAAGUAAAAAUAGAAAACAAGGCUCAAGAAAAUUUGUGGACAUGGAUAAUGAACCCACUGCUUAUUUGGCUGGUCUUGAGAAGCCAGAUGGGUUCUCUCGGGUUACUGGUCCUAAAGCUGAAUUAAAUGUCUUAAGUGUACCGGCUGCUUCGUAUAAUUGUCUCUCUCAGGCUAAGUGCAAACCAGCUGCUGAAAGUCAUCUUGAUUCAUUUCAUGAUGUGAGCAAGCACAUGUGGGGGAUAACAACUGGGACGAAGUUAGUUCCUGAUGGAUCAGUCGUGACUCAAAGAUUGCUUCCUUAUCGCCAAUCCCGAUUUACUGUCAAUUCCAGAUAUCAAACGGUGGAUUUCCCUGGCAGAAAUUACUUUUCUGAUGCCUCAUUAUAUGAAGUCAAACUUGAAGUUAAAGCCAGCUAUAGGCCUCAGCAUGUACCUUUGGUUUCUCUUAUGAGUAAACUGAAUGGUAAAGCAAUUGUUGGGCACCCUCUUACAGUCGAGACUUUGGCGGAUGGUCAUUGUGAUGAAUUGCUGAGUAGCAUCAGAUGUGACUCAGAAGCUGGCGACAUAUACUGUGCUGUUAAGCCAAACUCAGCAACAGGAACAAUACAUUCCAAGAAUUCUCCUCGUUUUUCACCUGGCAAAUCUUCCAGAUCGAAGAAAUCUGGGCUGUUGUCCAAAAAGAUCAGGAAAUUAUCAUCACUGACCGGUCACAAGCAAUUGGAUGAGGACAGAAAACCGGUGGUUGAUAAGCCAAAGGGUCCUGUUAUAGCAUGUAUACCCCUGAAGGUGGUUUUUAGCAGGAUAAAUGAGGCAGUGAAUGGUCAGGCCCGGCCGGCAUACCGCAUAUUACCAACAUCCAACCCUUGACUUGAGUAUCAGGGAAGAGAUUGCAGAAAGAGGAUUGCAUCGGGGAUUGGUUCCCUUAGUAAUUAGACAGAUUUUCUACUUAUUUUAACUAUGCACAGUUUGCUGCAGCACUUAACUCUUGCCAUGAAGGUGAAACUUUUGUACAAUUUGAGGAUAUUUCUGUGUAAACCUGAUAGGGGUUUAAAUCAUCUGAGGCUUCUCUUGGCAGGCUCUGUAAAUAAUGUAACAUUAGCUGAGGUGUAAAGAUGAUCAAAUAUUAGGUGUGCUGACCUGAUAUUAGGUUUUCUUAGUCAGGCUGUGUAGGAAGCUCAAAUAACUUUGACGAUUCAUAUUGUACUCGGAUCCUGAACUUUAUUAGUUAAAAGUCUACAACUGAAAUGAAAUUGUGGGAACAUUUGGAUCAGUCAUCAAACAACAGUCGUUUCAUA